AAGAAUCCUCUUCUCAGAAGUCAAUCUUCGGUGGCAAUUUCCUCUUGCGAGGCAGACGGGCCGUGUUUGGUGGUCACCAUUAGAAAUCGCAUUAUUGUCAGAAGUACCCCUAGCUUUUCGCAUCUUCCGGUUUCUGGCAGACAGCGAUGGAAACACCUCCUAUGGAUAAGUCGCAGAUCACAGCCUACUUCCGCCCAAUGGAAGUUGAUCGCCACGACAAAUGGUCUUUUUCUCAUGGCCGCAGGACACAAUGAGCGCAAGUACCUCUUAUUCAAUCCAGUCACCAGAAGAGUCGAAAAUUUGCCUGGUCUGCCAAAACUGUUAGUGGGUGCUGAACUUCAGAUGUCAGGGACAUACAUCUUGACGUCUGUGGAAAUGGUGACUCCAAUGGGAACUGGCGGUACGGAAUCCAGAUUUUGGCCGAAGCUGAUUGCCUUGGAGCGUUAUUCUGGUGUACGGGGAUCUGAUACCCUCAACAUGUGGAGGUUUGUUAAGUACGAUGAUAACUCCAGUACUUGGCAAGUCGUUUCCAUGCUCUGCAACUGUUCCAUCGAACUCAAGAAACUUGCCACGACCUUGACAAUUGUCUCCGUUGGUGUCGGUUUGUACUACCAUUAUCAACAAGAAGAAAGUCGAGAUGUGCAGCUGGAAGAGAAGGAGGUCAAGCUCAGAAACUGUGCUACGGUGGAAGGAGAGAUAUUCCUUCUCUGGACUUCCGUGAAGGGACCAAGCAAAACGCCAGACUCUAUAAACACCAGACCCGUCGGAUACAUCGAAGAAUGGUUCGGCAGUGCCUUGAUGAAACUAAUGCCAUACAAUUCCGUAGAAUUCCCGUUGAAUAUCAGAUAUCAGAUAUUUUGGAAUCUCUUGGUACACAUGAAGUUUCCAUAAACUGAUCAAUGAUUGAUAUAAUUCAUCUCACUAGCUACAUUAGGGUUCUCUGAUAAGAGCAUUAUAUUCUCUUCUGAAUUGUGCUCACCACGAUCACAGACCAGUUCCACCACACCGAAUCCAAUCGGUUGGGGUGUAUGGAGUUGCCUCUGUGCUUGCGAAUCUCCUUUGCUCUGAAGUGUGAGUUGGAUCUGAGGUCUGGACGAUCUCAGAAGACAAGGAUUUCAUAAAAAUUCUGCAUAUUUGCAGUAUACGCGUUGACGUCCCUAUACCUCAGCUGGAAGUCGAUUAGUCAGCUGAGAGAGUUGUUGAACUUAAGCUACUAUCAACUCUACAAUCACAACAGCUGCGCAAAAUUUUACAACCUCGGAAGUCAAAUCUCUUCCGGUUGUCAAGUACAACCACAAGCUACGGGGUUCCCGGUUUCAAGGAGCGAAGGAGCUGACUUCAUGCCCGAGGAGCAGCAACCGCUCUUUCUGCUUCAGCUUAAAGCCAUAUCGCUGGAACUGACUGCAGCACGAAGGAGCCAGCUUCAAAAUCGAAGGAAUAGACUCGUCGAUGGCGCGAAUCGUGGCGUUUUCGUGUGAGUUUGGAUGGCCGGGCAAGCGUAACCUCAAUGUCAGAGCGAGUUAUGUACCACGGAUUUGUGUCAGAGAUGUUUGUGCUUAUCAAGAUCCUUCGACAAGCGGUGUUUUAGAACGUAGAUGGAUACGGGGGCAUUUCAGCAUACCCCGACAGCGAAUAACGUCAGGGGUCUUCAGGGUUCCCGAGUUCCGGAUUCCAUUUAUCCGAAAGGGGCCGUAAGGCUCCCGCUCCACGUCCGAGCCUUUUCCUUAUCUCCUUCCUUGGGGUCAAAAGUUGCAGAGGUAGCGCCUCGUAUCUUCCCACGAGUUCUCGUUGAGCCUUCUCCAUAUCGAUAUCGAAAGGGAUUCGGACUUCACAAUUAUCGAAGAAACCGGGUUGACGGAAUUAAGCACAGUAAAAAAUUCAGCAAAAGCUAGCUGCUAUCAUUGUAACAUGGUAUCGCUCUAUAAUUUCGUGAAGCAUGUGAAUUCUUGGGGAUAACUUGGAUCUUCCAUAAUCUAAACUCGGUAGAAAUUGCUCCUUUACCACAAUUCUGUAGUCCUUCACUUUGCUGCAUACAGUCCGAAGUUGCACAUAUUGAUAUUGCACAGCUUAAUAUCAUAUUGUAUUUUCGUUCCACAUGCACCGAUUCCAUUCUUCUGACCUGAUUCAAUUGCAGUGUGAAUGUCUGAAAACGAAGAGGUGGUGAGAGUAAGAACUCAUAGAUCCUUACGCUCUAGGAGCUCUGAUCCCUGAAAAUAGCAAAGGAAACUAUCACGAUCAUUUGCUGACCUACCGACUAGACCUUGAUGAUGUCGAUGGGUCGCAAGGUUCGCUCGUCGAAUCAAAAAUGAAAAGUAUAGACACGACAGUCCACCCAAAUAAGGGAUUCUGAGGUACAACUUGACUCACUUUCCCCUUAAAUUUUUGGACUCAAUCGAUUGUGCUUUUAAAUCAUGAAGCGUGCUGCGAUGGUUCUGCGCUUGUCAGAUUAAUCAAUUGGUGGAAGGAAAUGCUUUCAUUUCAAGCAGCGAAAAAUCUAGCAAAUGGUCUAUGCGCUGAACAGACGAGAAGCUCCAGAGUAAUGCAGAAGGUGGAUGACGAUGAUCGGUGCAUGUAUUGUUGCACGAUUUGCGCUACUUGAUGCGGAUUGAUAAAUUUGUAAGAAAUUGAUAAUCAUGGAGGCAUCACCCUGUCAUUUGGUAUGUGUAAGUUACAGCAGGAACUUUCAGUUCAUAUGGCCUUCAGGUCAAGAGUGAAAAAUGGGCCCUGUAAGUCACGACCAGAAGAAAGAUCAAUUCAACACAAUGUGAAGAAGAAACAAUAAUCAUUGGAGGAGAUAUCAGCCUGGUGCAUAGAAGAACCAACGAACACCCAGGAGCAUUGAGGUGGGCUCACGUAAACUCCUCGUUCGUGCACUUCAACAACAAAAUCUUCUGGGACUUGGAAAAGCAUGUUGCUUAGACGAAAGCAAAGGCAACAAUACAGCUGGGCGAGUACAAGUCUUCACAAUUCGCCGUCAUCAACUCCAACAAGAAAAGAAGCUUCCGCAAUAGUCAGUGCCCAGGUAGUACCAGGAGCCACUGCGGCGAGUUUGUUAGACCCAACAGAUUAUCUACAAGUGUGAGCAGCUUUCACAUAUAAUCAGGCAUAAUUCGUCAAUCUCAUUUCUUCCCGGCCGUGGCUAAGGUUUCUUCUUUGAAGGUUUGAAUCUCGAUCAAACCAUUUGUUGUUGGCCUUAGACAGGUUAACCUGAAAAUGGAAAUUAUUCACGAGAAUUGAAUAGCAUAGGUCUUUUGCAGAUUUACUGAAUCAUCUCUAUGUAACAGGGAAUUUUGCCUUUUCUUUAGUGACGCAAGGGAUUUCCAGUGAUUUCUACACAUCUAGCCACAACGGUAGGCAGAGCUUUAACUGAGCUGUUAGUUUUAGUCUUGAAUAGCAAACUAGCAGGAUUACAAAGAUGGACUGGAUUCGACUCGCUACCAAAUGUCAGUAAUGCCAAUAUUAGCAGUCCGCUUCGAGUUGAAACUGGCCAAUUUUAUCGAAAGGAAUCUCAUACUGAAAAGCAGCAGGUGGAUAGAAGCAUUGAUUUUGCAAGGAUUCGUCGCCAUUACGAUCUUCAGCUGAACUAUAUCCACCCUAUAAUUACGCUGGG